AUGUCGGCUAUGGGUGAUGAACGAAGCGAUAAACGGAUGGAGUUGGAACGUAAGAAGCAAAAAUUGGCUGAAAUGAGGGAGGCGAGGAGAAGAGCUGAUGAGGAGAAGAAACGAAAGCUACUUGCCUCUGUACCUGUUGAAAACGGUAAUCAGAGACAAACUCUUACUUCAACGGAAGUGCAGGAACUACUCGCUGAAGUAGGAAUCCCAACUGAACCGAGAUUAGAAAGGUCAUCGGAAGGAAUCAAUGGAUUGAGUGAUAGCGCACAAUACUCAAAAACGACUCAAACAGACGACGACCGCGUAUCGAUGGGAGAAUUCAGCACAGGUAGUCAGGAGUUCGAUUACGAUGAUGAUAUGCUUCCUCUGGAUGGAGGUGGAUUCCGAGGCGAUUCGGCGCAUAGCACAUUUCAGCCAGAAACAGUGAAAGAAGAGCCAGCGCCUACCCGUCUACCUGAUCUCAGUGAAGAAGAGAAAGUUCAAAUCAUCUCAAGUCAGCGAUUUCAGACUUUUUUCAACUAUUCCGCCAAAGUUAUUGAACGAGCUCUUGCUGAGGCUGAAAAUUUCGCAGGAAUUUUACAGGUGGAUAUUUUCAUCGACUAUGCACGUGAUGGUCAUGGUGAAACCGUUGCAUCAAGCGACCGAAUGAACAAAGAUAUCCCUUCGGAGCCGCCAGGUGUAGUACUUAUAUGGAACACAAAAUUCAAAAGGAACUCUCCGGAGUACGUGUUCCAUUGCCAAUCACGACUCGCUUCUGUUGCUCUAGCACGUUUUCAUUCACAUCUCAUAAUGGCUGGAUGUUAUUCUGGACAAAUUUGUAUGUGGGACAAUCGAGUUGCCAAUAAAAAGACUCCUAUCCAUAAGAGUCCUCUUUCCACCUCAGCACAUACACAUCCUGUGUACGCGUUAGAGGUCAUAGGCAGCCAUAAUGCGCACAAUUUGGUGUCAAUAAGCACUGACGGGAAGAUGUGCAGCUGGAACGUUGAUAACCUAACUCAGCCGGUUGAUGGCAAGGAAUUGUUGUCACGGCAGGGAAAGCAGAUCCCAUGCCUAUGUAUGUCCUUCCCAGUGGCGGAUAUGAAUAAUUUCGUGGUUGGCAGCGAGGAUGGUCAUGCAUAUGCACUCAGCCGUCACGGGACAGGACAGCCAAAUGCACAGGAGCAUACUAUCUUCGAUGGUCAUAGUGCGCCAGUGUGUGGUAUUGCCUUUCACCGCGCUACUGGUCCCGUGGACCUUUCUCAUCUUUUUUUGACUUCAAGCUCUGAUUGGACUGUAAAACUAUGGAGUACAAAGGAUCCAAAGUUACGAUUCUCUUUCGAGUCGCACAAUGACUGUGUUUUCGACGUGGCGUGGUCGCCAGUGCACCCUGCUGUGUUCACUUCAAUAGAUGCGGAAGGAAAUUUAUUCCUUUGGAACUUGAAUGAAGAUAUAGAAGGUCCUGUGGCGCGCAUGAACAUUGCUCAAGAAGGAUUUCUUCGGAAGAUAGCAUGGGCUGAAAAUGGACAGCAUUUGUGUGUUGGAGACGAUCAAGGUAACCUGCAAUUGUUCGACAUACAUGAAAGUAUGUACGUAUUAAGGAGUGAAGAAUGGACAAGAUUUGCACGAGUUUUGGCCGACAUGAAACAAGCAAAUGAAGAAGCGGAUGAAAUGUCCGAGGUGAUGUCACGCCUAUCGGAUGGCCUAGGAGGAUUAAGUGGUGGGAGUACAGUGGCUAGUUUAGCCGGAGUCAAUAUUUCACCGCGACAGAAUUGGUAA